CUAUUUGUGUGCGUAACGAAAGUGAUAUAAACAGUCUACUUAACAAAAAGUGAAUCGUUACGUAAAAGUGAUUCAUCAAGUGUUAAAUUAAAGCUUAAAAUUCACGGAUUUAUUUACAUUGGAUGCUAUUAGUGAUGAACCGUUAAGCUAUGUUUGUGCCGAUACUGUCAACUGCUGGAUGAAUAGAGUGGUUAACAAACAUGGGUUAUGUAUAUUUCAUAUUAAUAUUCGAUCUCUUAAAAAGCAUUUCAACGAGCUAUUAGUUACUCUGGGUAAGCAUUUAAAACAUAUAGAUGUGCUAGUCAUUACUGAACCUAAUAUAAGUUAUGAUUUGUUAUCAUUAUAUCAUAUAACGGGAUUUAAUGUCAAUGUAUUUACACGUAAAGGGCGUAGUGGUGGUGGCAUACUCGUGUACUCGCGCGAGGGCCUGGGCGCGCGCGCGGCCGCGGCGCUCGGGGGCGCGGGCGCCAUGCGAGCUGCGGAGUGCGUUGCCAUUACACUCAAUUACAAUAAUGAGCUACUUUACUUAAUAUCCAUAUACAGACCGCCUAGAUAUUUUAACGAAAAUAGAAUACAGGAAUUUCAUUUAGAAUUCAGUAACCUUUUACGUAAAUUGCCAAAAAAUAGUAACGUAAUAUUUUGUGGAGAUAUAAAUAUAAAUAUUCUUAAUAAGCAAGACAAAGAUGUAUUAUAUUAUGAACAACUAUUAGCUGAAUACGGAUUUACUAAGUGUAUUAAUGAUGUCACACGGAGAGAAAUUGUCGCUGGUAAAUUGGUUGAAUCCUGUUUAGAUCAUAUAUAUGUUCGAAUACCAAGCGCUUUAAUUAAUUCUGCAGUUAUAAAACAUAAAAUUUCUGAUCACUACUUUAUCUCAGCUGUCCUACAAUGGAAACAAACUCCGGCAAGCGCGAGCGCGGGCGGCCGCGGCCGGGCGAUGACCCCGGCCGCGGCCGCUCGCGGCGCAACCCGCCCCCCGCGCGUCGCCGCCCCGCCCGCGCCCCCCGCCACUACUACCCGCCGAAUUAUUGAUAAUCGUAUGGUGAAAGAAAGACUGCAAAAUACUAACUUUUCUAACUUAUUAAAUAUUGAAUGUCCUAUAGAGUUAUACACUUCUUUUAUCGAUAUAUUUGCAAAUAUAUAUAAAGACUGUACUAAAACCAUUACUAUCAAAGAAAACGAAAGUAAUAGAAACAAUAAAAAUUGGAUAAAUACUAACCUAAAAAAUAUGAUUAUAGAAAGGGAUAAGUUAUUUAUAAUAUGGAGUAACGAUCCGAAGAAUAUGGUAAAAAGGCUUACAUAUACUAAAUAUAGAAACAAAUGUACGAAAGUAAUUAAUAAAUGUAAAAAUGAGUAUGAUAGGCAAAGUAUAUUGAACUGUAAUAAUAAUCUUAAGAAAGUAUGGGAAGUAAUAUCUAAACUCUUAGGAAAUAAGAAACAGUCAUUAGAUAAGCAGAUAAUUAAUAAUAUGGAUAGUAAAGAUGAUUUAAAAGAUAUAUGUGAUAAAUUUGCUGAGAACUUUUCAAAUGACAUUGAACAAAUAAAACACGCAUGUGAUGAUAAAUGGAUAAGUAGGGAUAACUAUGUAAAUAAAGCUAAUGUGAGUAUGCGAUGGCAGCCAGUGAGCAACAGGGCGGUGAAGCGCGUCAUCAGCGACAUGGCCGCGGGCAAGGCGCCCGGUAGCGACCUGGUGCGCAUGGCCGACCUGAAGCUCGUGGUGGACGAGGUCAGCCCCAUCCUAGCUAAAUUAAUUAACUUAUCUGUCACUUGCCAUAAAUUUCCAAAUAAGCUUAAAGAAACAAUUGUCCGUCCAAUCCAUAAAAAAGGAGAUCGUAAAAAUACUUCCAACUACAGGCCAAUAGCAAUACUUUCAAGCAUCGAUAAAAUUAUAGAAAAGUGUAUUGUCAAACAAAUAUCAGCAUUUCUUAGUAAAAAUAGUAUUAUAAUUGAUAACCAACACGGAUUUCAGCAAGGUAAGAGUACUAACACAUUAUUAUCCAAAUUUACAGACGAAAUAAACACGCACUUAGAAAAUAAAAAACACAUUGUUGCAAUAUUUUAUGAUUUCAAAAAGGCCUUUGAUACCCUCGAUACCGACACUCUAUUAAAUGCAAUGGAGGAGUGUGGAGUGGGGCGCCCCCUGAACCAGUGGUUCCGCGAGUACCUGACGGCGCGCUCGUACCGCGUGAAGGUGGCCGACACGCUGAGCGCCGAGCAGCGCGUGCGCAGCGGAGUGCCGCAGGGCUCCGGGUGCGGCCCACUCUGCUAUCUCAUGCACGUCAAUAGCUUAUGCGGGGCCCUAAAUUAUAGUUCAGCUUAUAUGUUUGCUGAUGACUUGUGCACAUUACGUGCUGGCUUUAAUCUCACAGACACUUGUUACUCUAUCCAAAACGAUAUCGAUGCUGUCGUAAGAUGGUCCCAUGAUAAUGGCAUCGUCUUGAACGCUGACAAAACUAAACUUUUAAUAUUACACUCGCCUCACUUAAAUCUGAAUGAAUCACCUCCACCUUUAUUAACACAUAGUUAUUCCUGCCUCCACAAUAAUUUGGUUAAUUGUCAAUGUAAACCAAUAGAAAGAGUAGAUUGUGUAACCUACCUUGGUGUAAAGAUUGAUAAUAAUUUCUCAUGGUCUCAACAUAUAGAAUAUAUUAGCGAUAAAUUAAGGAUAUUAUUAGGUAAAUUUUAUCAUUUAAGUUAUAAAGUUCCUAUUAGCACGUUAAAAUGUUUAUACUUUGCUUUAGUCGAUUCAAUCUUAGAUUAUGCUCUUGAUUGUUAUGGGCUAACCUUUAAAACCUACUUAGAUAAACUAGAAACACUGCAGACUCGAUUUUUAAAGCUACUAGUUAAUACAAAAACCAAAUUAGAAUGUAGAGAUAAUUAUAAAAAACUGUAUAAAAUAUGUAAAAUUCUGCCAGUCACUGUUAAAUUUAAAUAUCUAUUAGCCAUUCACAAUUAUAAAACCUGUAAUAAUUACCUUCAUCCCAUUACCCAUAAACACGGCACAAGGUCUAUAUCUGAGGGUAAAUUUGAGGUACCUAAAGUUAAUAAUUAUUAUGGUGAUAGAACUCUAAAAAAAAGAAUACCGUACCUACUUAAUAGUUUACCUCAGGAUAUACGACAAGAGCCUAUGUUAUCUAAAUUUAAAACUAAAUUAAAAAAAUAUUUUUUGCUUAACUUACCUUAAGUUCACCUCAGAUUAUAAUUUUAUUAUUUGUUGUGAUAUUACCAAUUAUGUAUAACAAUACCUAAAACAUAAAAAAGUAUUUUGUUUAGUAUAAGAGACUCCGAUCCCACAGGCAAAUUGUAUACAAACAGUUUUGUGGGACUCAUUGUAAAACUACAACUAAUAUGUAAGCUUAAUAAAUAAAUAAAUAAAUAAAUA